AUGAGGAAAGAGUUUCUACUUCACAUUUUUGCAGCUUUGCCUGCUCUGACCUUCGGCGAUGCGUCAUUCACGACAGCGCCGGUAGGUUGCCGAAAGUUGAGUACAGAUCAUGACUGGCCUGCUGCCGAGGUCUGGGAGGCUGCCAUUCCCGGUGUGAUCCGUCAAAAUGGCAGCGACAUUCAUGGGGGCCUUCCCAAUUAUCGUGUACGAGCUCAAAAUAUCUCCGACGUACAAGCGGCUGUACGAUUCGCCUCAGAACACAACAUUCGGCUCUCCGUUAUUACAACAGGUCACGAUCAGCUCGGCCGAAGCGACGCGGGAUCUGGCCUUGUCAUUGAUUUGUCUUUGAUGAACAAGGUCAACGUUCUGGAGUCGUUUACCCCAACCAGCGAAGGGGCUACCAGUCCUCGUUACCCUGUUGAGGCACCAAAUACGAUUACACCGAGAGACGGAAUUCAAGCUGCGGUCACUUUUCAUCCGGGCGUAGCUGGCCUUGCUCUCAAUUACGCAGUCGCUCCAUCGGGACUGUUCACCACGAGCGGAGCAGCAGCUGGCGUAGCUGUUGCUGGAGGCUGGGGUCAAAAUGGAGGCUAUGGUCCCUUGACUGCCCAGUACGGCCUAGGGGUUGACCAAUGGCUUGAAGCAAAAGUUGUUACUGCAGACGGCCAGCUAAGAGUGGCAAACAAUGUGUCUCAUCAAGAUCUUUUCUGGGCUAUCCGCGGGGGCGGAGGGGGGACCUUCGGCGUCGUGGUUGAGGCCACCUGGAAGGCACAUAUUGCCGUUCCAAUCACUGGCUACAACUGGUAUAUCAACUCGACAAUUACAGGAACAGAUGCGCUGGAUCCUGAGACUGGGAGAACGCCGCUCAGCGACGCGAUGCAGUAUCUGUUAGGGGAGUUGCCUGGUCUACAAAAACUAGGCAUCAGCGCUUUCAUUUAUGUUGACAUCAGCCACGUCAGAUGCUACGCCGUCCACCCAGGAAAUGCCUCCGGAAUCUCCAAGGCGAAUGCAGCAUGGGGGCCGAUUCUCACCAAGAUGCAAUCGUUUCCCAACAUUGAGCCUUUCCAAACAAAGCCGUAUAAUUUCGACGAUUACAAAGACUUUUUCGUUACAACUUAUGGACCUCUGGCUGAGACGACAACAAACAAACAACCAAGAAACCACGGAGUUUUCCCAUACGAUAGCCGCCUUAUGGCUCCCGAGCAUCUUCGAGAUCCCGGAAUCAUGGAUGCAUUGGGAGGGGCUGAGGGGACAUAUGGAUUGCUUAUGACUGCACCGGGUCAAUCGCAAGGCUCCAGCGCUGACACUUCUGCAAAUCCGGGUUGGAGAAGAGCGGUUGCUCACCUUGUUGCCUCUCCAAACGCCGACGGACUUCGUAAACUUGCCCCAGACAUGGGCGCAUACAUAAAUGAGGCGAGCCUAAAAGAGGAAAACUGGACGCAAUCUUUUUGGGGCGUCAAUUAUCCUAGGCUUUCUGAGAUUAAAUCGAGAUACGACCAAGGAAUGCUGUUCUGGACAACUCCUGGAAUCAACGCCCAUUACAUGCAAUCUAUUAACGGACGGGCCUGCCUUGUUCUGCCUCCCCCAUUAGUACCUCCUGCUACACCUCCUGCAAGUGAUCGAGCUGCUCCUGCAGAUCCAGUAGCAGAUGCGCAGUUUCUUUUUGGUUCACUUGAGUUGAUUGGAGCCAAGUUCCCAGCCCCAGGGACCCAGAUAGGUUUGCAAUCUAAACCAUUAGUAUAG